CGCGCGUGUGUGGUCGAGUUCCGGCUGAAACUCUGUCCGCUGCUCACGCUGAGUCUAGUCAGUGUAGAUCGGCUCACCAUGGCGGAAGGACGAAGAGAUCCACCCCAUCCUCUCCUGCCCCUACCACCGGCUAGUAAGCGACCCUGCCUACGACCAGCUCCACGGGGUCCUGGCCCUGGGCCCGGAUACGGUAGCGGCUUAACCAGCCAUCGACAACGUUCCCCGGAGUCCCUCCUGGACUGUGCCGCGAAGGCAGUAGCGGAAAAGUGGGCCUUCGAAAGAGUCGAGGAGCGUUUUGAGCGGAUACCUGAACCCGUGCAGCGCCGUAUCGUCUACUGGUCCUUUCCCAGAAACGAGAAGGAGAUAUGCAUGUACUCUUCGUUUCAGUGCCGCGUGGCCGGCGAAGAGGGUCCGUCGACGGCUACCAGCGGGGUAGUGGUUGUCGGAGUCGGACCUACAACUACUGCUGGUGGCGGAGGAACUACCACCGGUACGACGACAGUGGGAACAACCGGAGGAGUAGGAACGGGAGAUGCACUGCCUUUCCGCCGUGGUAUCAGGUUGCUUGACACCGGCUGCGUGGAAAACGUUUUGCAAGUCGGGUUUCAUCUGAGUGGCACGGUAACUGAACCUGCCACCACAUUGGAACCAGAGGUCACCCACAAGGUGGCCAUCAGCUUUGAUCGCUGCAAGAUUACCUCUGUCACCUGUAGCUGUGGAAAUCGGGAUAUUUUCUACUGCGCCCACGUGGUGGCGCUAUCUCUGUACAGGAUCCGCAAGCCUGAACAGGUGAAGCUUCGAUUGCCCAUCUCAGAAACCUUGUUCCAAAUGAACAGAGACCAGUUGCAGAAGUUGGUCCAAUACCUGAUCACAGCCCACCACACAGAGGUCUUGCCCACCGCUCAGAAACUGGCCGACGAGAUCCUCUCAUCUAACUCUGAGAUCAACCAAGUUCACGGUGCUCCCGAUCCAACUGCCGGCGCAAGCAUUGACGAUGACAACUGCUGGCAUCUGGAUGAAGAUCAAGUCCGGGAACAAGUCAAGCAGUUUUUGUCCCAGGGAGGAUACUACGGUUCUGGGAAGCAGAUCAACUCCAUGUUUGCUAAGGUGCGUGAGAUGUUAAGAAUGCGUGACUCCAAUGGUGCCAGGAUGCUGACGCUCAUAACAGAACAGUUUAUGGCAGACCCUCGGCUGUCACUAUGGAGACAACAAGGCGCAGGCAUGACGGACAAAUGUAGACAACUUUGGGAUGAGCUGGGUGCAUUGUGGGUGUGUGUGGUGUUAAACCCCCACUGUAAGAGUGAGGAGAAGAGCAGUUGGCUCAUGCAGCUGAAGAAGUGGAGCGACAUGGACGUGUGCCCGCUGGAAGAUGGCAACUAUGGUAGCGAGCUCCCAAACAUUACUAAUGCUCUGCCGCAGAGCAACCUUGCACAGGACUCUCUGUCCAGGCCAAGGAGGACUGUGUUCAGCCGGGCGGUCGAGGCUUGCAACCUCCACUGGCAGGGCAGCCACCUUCAGAGAAUCAUCAGCAGCGAUUACUACAUGUCUCCAUCAUACCAGAGAGACGAGGAGAGUCUACUGUUUAAUCCACAGGGUCUGCCCCUCUGGCUCGGUACGCGUACACACGCACACAAUCACGUACCGACGGCAUGCGCUCGUGUAGAUGCCUUGCGUUCCCAUGGUUAUUCCAGGGAAGCCUUGCGACUGGCAGUGGCCAUCAUCAACACGCUCCGUCUAUUACAACAGCGUGAGAUGGAUAUCUAUAAGCAUCAAAAGAAAGGGUUCCAUUCAAUCUGUUCUUGUCCAUCCCCAGAUCUUCUUCAAAGGGGCGUGACUACCACCACAAACCUGGAGGGUUGGGUAGGACAUCCUCUGGACCCCAUUGGCUGCCUGUUUACAACACUCACCGAAACGUGCCGAGUCGACGACGACAGCACUAUGGACACCGGAGAGGGUGAGCCCAGGCGUCCUGUCUACCACCAUGUACCAGUGUGGGGCAGUCAUGAUGGAGGAGAGUCUUACCUGACUCUAGCCUUGGAGGUGACUCUGAUGGGCAUGGGCCAACAAAGGAUUAUGCCAGAAGGUCUCUACGCUCAGGAGAAGGUGUGCCGCAACGAAGAGCAAAUUGUGACAAAGCUGCAAGAGCUCGAGCUGGACAACGUGCUGGUUCAGACCCUCCGGAGACAGGCCAUACAGUUACUAGAAGCUGGUCCAUUCAGCGGUCUUGGUGAAGUCAUCCACAGGGAGAGUGUUCCUAUGCACACUUUUGCCAAGUACCUCUUUUCUGCCCUCCUGCCACACGAUGCAGACCUGGCAUAUAAGGUGGCUCUCCGUGCCAUGAGAUUGCCAGUUCUGGAAUCAUCUGCAGUCUCCGGGGAUAUGGGUCAACCUCGUCAUGGUAUUUCCAUCGUUACAAAUAGAUAUCCACGGUGGUUCACUCUGGGACACUUGGAGACGCAGCAGUGUGAGCUCGCUUCGACGAUGCUAACUGCUGCUAAAGGUGACAUGUUGAGAUUGCGGACAGUUCUGGAAGUCAUUCAGAAAAACAUCCAUUCUUCGUCCUUGAUCUUUAAACUAGCCCAGGAUGCCUUCAAAAUCGCUACGCCUGCAGACAGCCCGCCUGAUAUAACUCUACUCAAUGUGGCCUUGGAGCUGGGACUUCAGGUGAUGAGGAUGACUCUGUCCACGCUCAACUGGAGAAGGAGAGAGAUGGUCCGCUGGCUGGUAACCUGUGCCACUGAAGUCGGUCUUCGUGCCCUUGUGAGCAUUUUGCAGAGCUGGUACACCCUCUUCACACCCACCGAAUCCACCAGUAUUGUUGCAGCCACCGUCAUGUCCCACAACACCAUCCUGCGCCUCAGCCUGGAUUACACCCAACGGGAGGAGCUAGCUAGUUGCGCGAGGACGUUAGCGCUGCAGUGCGCCAUGAAGGACCCGCAGAACUGCGCCCUGUCUGCUCUGACUCUCUGCGAGAAGGACCACAUCGCCUUUGAGACGGCCUACCAAAUUGUCAUCGACGCGGCGUCCACGGGGAUGACUUACUCGCAGCUCUUUACCAUCGCCAGGUACAUGGAGCACAGAGGGUACCCGCUGCGCUCGUUUAAGUUAGCCUCCCUGGCUAUGAGCCACUUGAACCUGGCUUACAACCAGGACACCCACCCAGCCAUUAAUGACGUUUUGUGGGCCUGCGCCCUCAGUCACUCCCUGGGGAAAAACGAGCUCGCUGCAAUUAUCCCCCUGGUGGUGAAGGGAGUGCACUGCGCCACCGUGCUGUCCGAUAUCCUGCGCCGGUGCACCAUGACGGCACCGGGUCUGGCCGGCAUUCCCGGCAGAAGGAACUCUGGGAAACUGAUGGCAACAGACAAGGCGCCUCUGCGCCAGCUCCUGGACGCUACAAUCUCGGCCUACAUCAACACCACGCACUCUCGACUGACGCACAUCAGUCCGCGGCACUACGGCGAGUUCAUUGAGUUCCUGAGCAAAGCGCGGGAAACUUUCCUGUUGGCGCAGGAUGGCCACAUUCAGUUUGGCCAGUUCAUAGACAACCUCAAACAAAUCUACAAGGGCAAGAAGAAACUCAUGAUGCUGGUUAGGGAACGAUUCGGUUGACCCCAAACGACCCACCCUUUCUUAGAGGAUCAUCCUUUUAAGGAAGUAAUCCACCUUAUAUAUUUCUGUUUCAAAUUUUUAAUUCUUUGUUUUUACUUCUUAAAUUGAGCCAUUGGUUGACUUUUUUUUUUUUUCCCUCCAAUGUGGUGGUUUUGUUUGUUGAAUGUGAACCAGGAAGCAUUGCUCUACUGAAACUACUAAAAGGGGCAAAUGGCUCAAUAUGUCAAAGAUGAACAACAAAACACGGCUUCCUGGCUCGCUACCAACGAAUGUUGAAUUACAUCACAAACAAAAUAAGUCAUAAGGUUGUGAAAAGCAGAACUAGCUUUUAUUUUUAUGUGACACGUGGCACAAAAACCAAAAGCAGCUGGGAAGAAGUGGGCCUAAAAAAAAUGGAAGAAACAUUCAAAUGUUUGUUAAAAAAAGAACCCACUGAGGAUGACAACACACAAAGUGUUACUGUCAUACCUCAUCUGUAAUAUUUAUCAGCUUUAACAUCCUUGUUGAUAAAUCACCUUGUUUCAUUCAGGGCUCAUAAGUCGAGCGUUCAAGCCACAACAACAGAAAAGUCCAAAGAUCUGACCAAAAGCAGUGUAAGGCCAGCUCCCACAUACGUUCAUCGCAAGCAUUGCUAGAGCUGCUCUACUUUAGGCUCCAUGCACAUGCGGACUAUAAUUUGGAUUUUAUUUUGUUUUAUUCUGCCACUAAUCUAAACGGUUUGGACUGCGUUGACGAUUUUUCGCACACUAAUUCACGAUUUUACUGUUAAGCAAUAUAUAGUCAAGCCUCUGCGUUUCUCUUCUCCAAGCCGCAUGAUGUCAUGUGGUAUUCGGUUGGAGGGGUUGAGAUAUAUUUGGCCUUUGUUUAUCAGCGGCUCUUCCCUCUGCCUGUAGCUAAAGUUCUUUUUGCAUCAUAAGAUCUUUUGUGAGAACUUGAGAAUUCCCCAACUCAACUUCCUCUAUGAAACUAGUAAAUAUAGUUGCAACUUUGGUUGCUUACUGACACUUUUCCAAAAAAUACCCAGAAAAGAAAUUUUCAUUAUAUUUGAAAAGCCUAAAAGGAAAGCUUAAACAGCACUAACAAUAUAUUGCAUCAUAUAUGAUGUGCUUCUAAUACUACUUGAAAUGUCAGAAUGGGCCAACUUUUUGGACAUUUUCCCGAUAAGUCACUCAGAAGGUUAAUAUUCCUGGUCAGACGAAACGUCAUUGUACAAGCACUUCACACAAAUACCUCUUUAGUACGUUCCUGCCGGUUUAUUUAUUGCUGUUUGCUUGCUUUGUAUGACAAACGAUGGCAGUCAUAAAGCCUCUGAUGAUGACAGGCGAACUUUAAAAAGGGACAUUUUCUUGCAUGUUUUUUUUUUUUUUUUUUUACAUUCCAUUAGAGGUGAUCUUCCACGUCACCCAAUCUACUUUUUUUUUUUCGUCCUGUUAUUUUAAUUGAAGAAAUAGAAGAAUGAAAGAGAGGCUAAACUUUGUUCUCAGGGACAUCACUUAACGAGACAAAACAAAACAAAAAUAGUAGCAUUAAGCAUUUAAGAUAUUGUAAAUAUGAAAGUGUCAAUUCAGAAAAUUGUAAAAUUAUAAUUAUUUAUAAUAAGUAUGUUCUGUUUUUUUGUUUUGUUUUUUCGGAGGGGGGUGUGUGGGUGUACUUGAACUGUUUUGGAUGUGGGGGAUUUGACAGCAUUUUUUGUUUUUUGUAAGAGCAAAGACGUUUCUCAGGUGCUCCUGUGUACAUUUCUGUUUUGCUAUAUUUUACUGUUUGUAUUUUCUUUUCUUUUUUUUACAUUUGCAAAGAAAAAUGUUUCCAAAAAAUACAAAAGAAGCAUGUAAGUUGAGGAAAAUGGGCACAGAUACAUUCUUAAACCUGACUAUGCAGAACCACUUGGAUGGCUCUUUAAGAGCGCAAGAUGAGACCCGGUGGACUGAAUCACUAUUAGAGAGGCGGCCGGGGGGGAGGAACAACCAACCCACCGAGGUCCAGCCUGCUUUGCAAUUGUACAAUGCUGACUUGACUAUGUUGCGGCAUAUGAUCGAGAGCGAAACAUUGAACCUGAGAAAAUGCCUUUUCUGACCUAUCAAUGUACAAAAGAUUGUUGCUUUACUUUUUUCUGGGUUUGAUUCAAUCAGGACUCAAAAAGCCUUUAGUGUCUUCUCAAGAUGUCAUCAUGUGGUGGCACUCAUAAAAGAGAGAACAACAGUUCAAUGUUACAACUCUGAACAAACGGGAUGGCCUUUUGGAUGACCUCCAUUCCUUUGUUUGAAUUUAUUGUUUGAUAUCUUCCAUGUCAAAUUGUUUGGUCAUGGGCUCACUCCGCAAGCCAUUAGCCUUGUCGUGUCCAAAGCAUUGGUGACAUUGACGUUCUGCAGUACACUUGAUUUAACCCCAUGCUGCAUCAUUUAGAAGGUGGAAACUUCUGUAUGAAGAAAGCAUCCAUUAAAAGAACACACGACAUGUACGUACGUACUUUUGCCAGUUUAACAGGAAGCUCUCGUAAGCUGCCUUUACCGUGAUUUAUCUUAUCAAAGCGGCAACAUCGUGACUUCCUGCCUCUUGUUUUGUCUGUUCAAGAGGAGAUUCACAUUUUUCCACAUCCAUUCUUUUUUUUUUCUUACGUUUGUAGGAGAGUACUAUUUGCUGGUAGCAGUCAUUCGCCUAGUUCACCAACUGUUUACCAGUUUGUUUGGUUUUCUGUUCUUUCUAACUUAAGGGAAUGUUGAAAGUGUUUGUUGCCUCUUUGUGCUACUGAUUAUAAAAAAAAAAAGGUAUUUCCAGUAUUUGUCGCCACAGAAGUAUGAUAGCUUAACAUCAACACUUUUUAUUUGUAUGGUUUUUUUUGGGUGCAAAUUCUUGAGCUACUGUUUAUAAAGCAAGAAUUUAUUAUUAUUAUUUAUGUAUCGCUACUACCAUUUUAUAUUGAUUUGUGUUGGACUCAGUGCUUUUCUAUAAAUAAAGUGUUAAACACGUUA